UGCGAAUUGCGGCCCUAAUCGAUGUUUUCAGUGUUGUGGUUGUUUUAUUUUGGUAGAGAGAAUUAGUCUUUUUGGAUGGUGUAAACUAAAAUCCUAAGCAAAAAUAAGUUUCGUCGUAUUUGAGGAGAAAGUUACAAAUUCCCAAAUAUUAUGACUUCUUCAGAACUUGAAAGCCGUAAUACUGUUUUACCUAUAAGGAAGUCUGUAGAGAACCUGGUAAUAUCUUCCCAAGAUGCCAUAGGACAGAGUAUUAGUCAGGCACUGAGCUUUUCUGGUGGAGUUGGGGGCAGUAAUCCAAUAAUACAAGAGAAUAGUUCCAGAAAUAUAUCUCGAUCUCCCUCCCCGUCGCUGCGUCACAUCGACAUUAAGCAGGAGAAUGUCUCGGAGACAUCAGAGAAUGACUCGAAGAAUGACAUAACAAUCCAACUGCCUUCGAUAGGCGGAGGAGAUUUGGCCCUGAUCGUCGACCCCGCUGGCAUACCGCCGGCCUUCAGAUCAGAUCUUAAUAAGCAGGCAGUAAACCCGAGCUCACGAAGUUCUGAUGGAAGCGCAAGUCGAGCCAAGAAAAAGAGCUGGUACAACUCGCUGUACCCCACCUACAAGACCAAGUGCGAGGACUUCAAACGGCUGUUCAAGGAGCUGCCGGAUGAUGAGCGGCUCAUAGUGGAUUACUCGUGUGCGAUACAACGCGACAUCCUCGCGCACGGGCGGCUAUACGCGUCCCAGAGCUAUCUCUGCUUCUACGCGAACAUAUUCGGCUGGGAGACCUGUCUCUCCAUACGAUGGAAGGACGUCACGGCCAUCACCAAAGAGAAGACUGCCCUAGUAAUACCAAACGCGAUUCUAGUAUGCACGGACACAGAGAAGAACUUCCUGACGUCUUUUACCGGCCGCGACAAGGCUUAUCUGAUGCUGUUCAGGAUAUGGCAGAAUGCGCUCAUGGAUCAGCCGCUGACCACCACCGAAAUAUGGCAGUGGGUACACACGUGCUACGGCGCGGAACUGGGGUUCGAUUCAGACGAGGAGGGGUGCCCUUGCGACCUGCCUGACGAGCCUCAGCUACCGGACACCUCCGAGGAUGCGGUGGAUAACUCGUCCAUGGACCUCGCUCGGGAACUGAGAGACGCCAGGGAAUCUUCACCGCCGCUGUUGAACGGGUCGGGUCUUGGCACGGGUGCGGAGGACGCGGACAUGAUCCCCACCGACAUGUCUGACACGAGCGAGAGUGAGCCUGAAAAAAAUCACAACGGUGGUGAAGAGAUCUGCACCUCAACUCACGAGGGGAAGAUCCUCCUCCGCGAAGAGUUCCCCUUCAACAUUGAUCAGCUGUUCACGAUGAUAUUCACCAACUCCAAGUUCAACCUGGAGCUGCUGGCGGCACGCAAGAGCUCCGAUUAUGUACAGUCGCCUUGGGAACCUCAAAAUGGUGUGAAGUGUAGACAAGUCAGCUACACCCUGGGACUUACAUCUGGACCUAUAGGGCCUAAGGAAGUCCACGUCAGCGAAACCCAGGUAAUGAACAAAUGCUCGAAGCCCGGCGCGUUGUAUUCAAUCGAAAGCACAAGUGAAAACUCUGGCAUACCGUACGCGGACUACUUCAGCGUGCGCGCGCAUUACUGUCUGGAGCGGGUCUCCGACUCCAUGUCCAGGAUCACCUUCUACGGCUGGGUGCAUUACAAGAAGAGCAUGUGGCCAAUGGUCAAGACGUUCCUGGAGAAGAACGCAAUAAGUGGAAUGGAGGAAUUCGUGGCGCUGUUAACGACGCAGUUGCGUGCGCAAUUGCGGCCCACCGCGCCGCUUGCCCGCGCACGACGUUCGCGCCGCAGGAAACACGACGUGCCAUCAUCGCCGUUAUGUACCGUCGUGUCGAGCACGAUUCCACAAGCUGUGCCACAACCGCGCGUUCAGAACGCCGCGGGUCGAACGCCACAUCUGCUGCUCGGCAUACUACUACUCCUUCUGAUCAUAAACGCUAUGCUGUACUGGAAACUGUACUACAGCGAUACCAGACCGCAGAUCGACUUGGACAUUUUACAAUCUAGGUUACAUUCCGCGCACACGGAGAAGACGGCGGAGUGGUCGGCCGAGUUGGCGCGACACACGAGGCAACAGAGACACCAGCUGCUCGCGUGGAGGGAGGCACUGGAGCGAACUGUCUCGCAUCUGCUGCAGACGGAGAAAUCCUUAACUAAACUUCUAGAGACAAUCAAACCUGUCCUCGAGAAGUCAGAAGAGGAAACUACUCACUCGGAACUGUGAGACUGUAUUAAUAAAUUGUACUGUGGUGUUCCUGCGUCGGUAGUUAGUAAACUAGGGGUAAACUAGGGGGGAUGGCGUAUUCAGUCGUCUCUAUAAAACACAGCAGCAAAAUAAAAUUCUUAAAAUCAAUAUAACCAGCGCAACUGUAAAUAAGACAAGGUGUUCUGAGGUGUAGAGUAGAAAUAAUUAAUAGGCUAAAGAUGUAAUUUUAGUUAGAUGCAUUUGUUAUUAUAAUGUAAAUAUCAGAUAACAUUUUAAUGUUGUUACAUGUUAGUACAUUCCUUCAUAAUGAUAAUGAGAUAUGAGACCAUUUUACUUUUUUCUUCAAUCUAUACGACCUACUAUCUUCUUUUUUGUGUUCGUUAUUUACAGACUUAUAAGAGUAAGAUAUGAACUAUUAAAACUAUCUUUGUACUGUUCUAUGCAUGUUUGAUAUAGGGGAAUUGUUAAUAUUACUCAUUGACUCGCGCCUGUAUAUACCAGAAGGAAUGUAUAUUGUGAAGUGUUAACUUGAAUGUCGUAUUAUGUAGAUAUAUUAUGGUACGAUAGUAUCGUUGUCGAUGGUUGAGUGCAGCUUCUGGCAUGAAAAGACAUACCUAGAUACAAAUUUUAUAUCGCACUUAUUCUCAUGUGUCUGUAAAGUUAUCUUAUUAUCCUGGUUAAAAGUCACCCAUCACACAUUACCCCUGAAUAAUCAAUAUAUUUAUAAAAAAUUGUAAUUACUUAUUAAGAUUAUUUAUCGAUGAAUAGUGAACAGUCUAUUAAUUUUUAUUUUUGAACAACUUUUUGUUCAUAAUUUUAUUGUAUUUAUUUGUAUAAGAAGGGUCAAACGGGCAAGAGGCUAACAUGAUGGGUAGUGUUGGGGCAACCGCCCAUGGACAUCCGCAACACAAGGAGGUCAAGAGAUUGCGUUGCCAGCCCUUAAGUUGGGAGUAUUCUGUAAUCUUGAAAUCUCUAAGUCGUAUCAGUCCAGAAAAGCUGUAGCUGGUAAUUGAUUCCACAAUGUGACUUGGCGAGUCAAGAAUUUUCUUGCCAAAUGCGCGGUUGUAGAAUGCCAGACGUCAAAACGAUGCGGGUGAAAAUUAACAUUUUGACGUAAUAUCCAGUGGUGGAAUUCGGCUGCUAGUGUCAACCCGAACAACUCUGAGCACUGCCCGUGAUAAAUGCAGUGAAAGAUGCAGAGAAAACCCACACCUCUACGUAACGUCAAUGAAACAAGCGGAUCGGAGAUAACUUCAUGGUCAAUGAUUGCGGUCGCUCUUCGUUGUAUGCGAUCAAAUGGAAGAUACUGGUACUGGGAAGCGCCCGCCCAGAGGUGUAAUAUCAUCCAUGAUUGUGCUUCAUUUUGGCCCGAAUAUGCACCAUAAAUAGUUGUAGGUGGUAGCUUGAAGUGAAGUACUGAGUACACCAAGCUUCUUUGAGGCCAAUUUAUAUUUCUCUUAAAAGUGACCACGAAAAUGAGCAUCGUUUGAUAUAUCGACCAUGAGUAUACCGAUUGAGUUGUUGGCUGUUGCAGUUAGAGGAGUGAUCUCGAAUCGAGGGGAUACGACAUAGGGAGACUUAGCGGUUAAUGCACAAACUUGUGUCUUCCUGUAUUUGUUACUAGCUGACCUGGCAAACGUUGUUUUGCCAUAUAAAUUAUAUAUGUAAACCUUCCUUGAGCUUCAACGAAUCUAUUGAAAAAGAUUUCAUUGAGAUCGUUCGAAUAGUUUAUUAAGGAACAUACAAACAUACAUUCUCUUUUAUAUUUAUAGAUUGCAACGAAUAGCAGCAUAAAAGAUAUUAUUGCCUGGUUUCAAAGAUGGCUGCUAACGCCACUACUAUAUUCAAUCGCAAUCCUAGUGUUGAUCCACCGAAGUGUGAAUUCAUUUCCUGCUUUUGGCAUUACAAUAAACCGUUCUAUGGAAAAUUAUGAUGAUCUCUUUUUAAAAUCCAUACUUAGGAUUAGAUACUACGUAUCCUAUUCGUAUUUUUAGAUUGGUAUUUGUAUGGAUGUAACAUAUAAGCGUCUUCUAUUCUCUAUGAAUCUGGAAAUUAAGAUUAAUUUUAUUGGAAAUGCAGAUUGAUGACCGCAAAUCAAAUAGUGAAAAGGGCCUUAAUCCCUUUUCUUAUCUCUUGUCUUACUCGCACUUCGCUGCGGAAUUCUAUUCUUUAAGCUACCAACUAUAGAACUUUCAUCCCCCGAUUUCAUCCUCACACAGGUCUUAAUUUUAAAAACGCUAGAACAAAUAUUUAUUUAUUUCUUAUCAAGUGCCUAAAUACAAAUUUUCAUGGUGUUAUCUUUGAUAAUCAUGACGAACUUUCAUACACACUUCCACCCCCUAUUAAAACCCUCCCAAGCCUUUUAUUCGCGAUAAAAGUUAUGACUAUAUCCUUUCCCAAGCUCUUGUCUAUCUCUGUAUUCAAUUUCAUCAAAAUCAGUUCAGUGGUUUAGACGUUAAAUUCACAUUUAUAAUAUUAAGUAGGGAUGUUAAGAUGCACAGAUGUGUUCAGUGUAAACCUAACUAUUGGGUGGAUAUUUCGCUGAUCAGUUGCUACUGAGAAUAACUUACUCUGAGAUAGUGAGUUUCUAUCAAAUCUGUAAACUAAAUUAAUUAGACAUCAGUGAAAUGCUUUCUAAUUAAAGUAGGUAAUCAAUAAUUGUUAUUGUUAAGAGUAAAUAUUAUAUAAGUUAGGGAUAUUUUUGUGAAUAUAAAAAUAACUAGGGCUAGGAUUCUUAAUCUGUACUUCUGUAUAAAGUUUAGCCAAAGAAAGAAAGAUAAAAUCAUUGAAAAUUAGGAAAAUGCCCACGCACUCGAUUGUUUAAUAAAAAACAUGGGAGCCCUCGUAUGCAUUUGCACUAUUGAGAAGAAACAUGUUGGAAUAUAUUUAGUUGUUAAUGCUUCUUUAAACAUAAAUGCUCGAUAAAUUUCAAAUAGAAUAUAGUGUAUAUUGGUUGUCUUUUUCAGCCCUAUAUUUAGUUUAUAUCAAUUUAACAAGUUCAAAACAGAUGUUAUUAUUUAUAAAAAUACUAGGCAGUAAGUACCUAAGUAGAUAACGUGUUACUGUUGUAAAUAAUAAUGUUACUCAUAAUCUUUCUGAUAUCCUGCAAGUAUUACAAUAAUAAUGCCAAAUUAAUAAGACUAUAGUGAUUCCGCUAUGUAGUUAAAUUGUAGACAAUUAAUUGAUAGUAUGCUGUGGAUAUUAUAGAAAUGCCGCUAACGGUCAGACAAGAAAUAGAUAUUUAGGCAACUGUUGUGUUUUAAGGGGUAUUAAAACACGAAUGUGGAUUUGAUUGGAAUGGUUGUGAUAAUAGUAUCACAUGAGUGAUUUAAUACCUAAUUAUCAACAGUUGCAUACAAGACUUUAUCUACACCCAGAAUAUGAAUCCUCUAUAAAAGAUUCUGAAACAGUUAGCUUACUGCUAACAUUAAAAAAGCCAAUCUUAGUAACCAUAAUAUCAUCCAAAGGAGUGUUAUUAUGGAAACAGAUGAUAUAAUGUUGUACUGAAUUUCAUUACAACACUCGUUUGGAUGAUGUAUGUACCAUACAUACAUUAUCCUAGGACAUAACAUAUUAUGACAUUGGGGUGUUUUAAUAUACCUUCUUUUAGAGGAUUUAAAGCAUGAGUGUAGAUAAAAAUAUUCGCACCUAGUCUAUUGAUGACAUAAUAGUAUGCUUACAUCUAUUUGUGUCUAUUACAUAAGGCUUAGACCACACUAUACGUGCUAGCUGUAGAGAAAAGUUGAAGCUAUCGGUGUGGUGUUAUAAUUAAUUUACCCUUCGUCAGAACAGAUCACGUGUCUCUUUCUAAAGAAAUAAAUAUUGAUUGAAAAUUCAGUGCUUAAAUUUAAUACAAUUCUAAAUUAAAGUAUAGUAGAAAUCAUCUUCUCGAAAGACACCAACAUGAAGAAUUUGACUGUUUGUACAAUAUGACGGACGAUAAAUAAAUUCAUGUAGGUACGUGUGAAACGUGGUAUGGUAAGCCAAAACCCAGGUCACAAAAAAAAACACAUAAGCUUCAAAUAUUCAACCUGAGCUGAAUUAAGUUCUUGUAAAAUUUGAUAAUUUCCAAAGUGGUUCCCUCACAGGCAUAGAUCCAAGUAGAUAUCGCAAAUAUAGCAACAAACCCACUGUUUGUAUGAAAACCAAGCGUGCCCUAUUUUGUACCUACUGUGACGUCGUUAAAAAUGCCAGUGCAUCGAGCUUAACGUUUAGCCACUCACCUCAUCAUUAGUUGACGUUUUCAGUACAUCAAUAGUCGGUAUUUCUUAUUACUAAAAUCGGCAAUGUAUUAUAAAUUAUAAUAUAAAUUAAAAAAAAGCGUCAAAGGAAAAGCAUUUUUCCUCUUUUUUUCUUUCUCGCGGCAGAUGCUAUUUGGAUCCAUGUCUGUGGGUUCCUUUAAAAGCUGCUUUCAUCAUAAAAUUUCAAUUUCUUUCGCGUCGUGACCCGCGUGGUGAUUCACCAGUAAACUAUGAAGUGUGGCAUAGUGUGGCCUGCUGUGAUAUGCAAUACAUAUUAUCUUGUUCAGUGCUAGGCUCUUUGUAGUGUGGCCUAACACUAAUACUAUAUGUCAAAAAUAUGACACAUUAGAGAUAAUAUCACUAUCUAUCCGCCGUCUAUGCAUUUCCUUAUUCGUGUUAAAAGGUACAGUAAAACGGGGUGUGUCAAAAGAAACUGUUUGGUUCGCAUACAGUCCUACUGUCUUUUAUUCUGAUUUCAUAUAAUAUUUUCAAAUAUAUUAAUGUUUUCAUGAUAUUAAAUUUUAAUAUAAUAUUUUACCAAUUAUAAGUCCAGUUUUGUUUUAAAUAGUAUUUCUAUUAUUACUAUUAAUUGAUGCAUCGUUCGAUGUAAUAAUGACUUAUGUCAUCAAUGUUUUGUCAAUAUUUUAAUAUAAAAUCUUUUUCUUGUAUCAUAUUAUACACUGUUAAUAUUAAGAAAAUUGUAUUUUAUAUUAUAGAAUUUAUUUACCUACAUAUUGGUUAAUUAUAAUAAAAAAGGGUAGUACACAUUGGCAAUAAGAUUAAUAAAAAUAAUGUUAAAAACAUAUUAUGAUGUAUAAACGUUAUAGAAAAAUAUUUUUCAGUAAAUAUAUUGCAGUAAGUAAAUACUAUCAUUAAGUUAUUAUCCGCAGACUAAGGUUCGUAUGCCAGAUGAUAUCUCAAAUCUCAAGUGCUACACACUUGCCCCCUUAUUCAUAAUAGUCUGCUAACUUAAAGCAUUGCUAAUUCUCACUCUGUCUUCUUCUAUUGACCUAAGUCAGAAUGAGAAAAAACACUCCUUAGCGGCUGUUUAAAGUUAGCGGAACAUUAUGAAUAAGGGGGUUAAUAUUUAAAAACAUCGAGUGAUAAUAACUCGAUAAAUAUCAACUGAUAUUGUGUAGUGCAAGCCUACACGUUCAAUUCGGUUAGCACCAGUUUGGUGAUAAUUUUGAUUCACCAAAGAUAUUAACCGCGUCCUCCUCCAUUGCUAACAGAAUUGGUAUUGAAACGAUAAAUAUCGACCAGAAACUAGACGCUCGAAAGAAACAUCAUACACUUGAUCGAUUUGGAGUACGUAUUGGUUAUGUAAUUUUGUUUAUUUUAUGUUGUAAGGAGAAUAAUCUCCGUAUAUAAAAGUGUCAAGUCGUAUUUGACAAAUACGUCAGAUGCUAGCUACUCUAAUAACCAAAUAUAUAGGAAUAUAUUACUGGGCGCACUUCGCUCCGUGGACUACAGCUAAAUUCAUGUCAUACAUCACUCUUGCCACGCCAGCGGUAUUCUGGAAGUUUCUCUACUUACAGCUGAACAAUUUUACCAAUGUGAUUGGUCUCCCUACCAAUCUACCCUCCAUAAUAGCAAUUACGUAAACAUACCAAUGAUUUAAGUUUUCUUAAGUGUUAACUCUGCCAAUAUUUGUUUCUAAAAACAAUUCGACACGUGAGUCUCGUGCCUGAUUUUGGCGAGACAACACGUCCUGAGGAUGCCUCGUGUAGAGGCGAAACACGUGUCGAAUUGUUUUUUAAAAACAAAUAUUGGCGGAAUUAACACUUAAGAAAACUUAAAUCAUUUGUAUAAUUAUGGAUUUCCGCAAAGUAACGCGUAAUUCAAUAAAUUACGUAACUGUUAAAAUUUGACUAUGACCUAGUAAGGUUACUUUACUUUUAAUGUAGGUAACGUUAACUUACUCGUUAUUUCUGUUUCUGUCAACCUUUCUAAUCUGAGCACACAAAUUAUAAGACUAUUGUAUCUAAAGUAUUAUAGAUAGAU